ACGUACAGUGUGGUUGACGGUUGACGUACCCUCCUUUGGAACUAUCUCGUCUGUUGGAUUGUGCGCUACGGCUGUCGAGUGCUUGUUGCUGAAUGCAUGCUAUCCUCCGCUACACCCCGAUCUGUAGCAGCUAACGGGAUAACAUUAGCUCUUUAGACGCCUUGUUAGCUUGUAUGGUUCGGUGCUAAUAGAUCACUGCACAAGAAUGGGUGUGGAAGUCGAAACUAUAUCUCCGGGUGAUGGGAGAACAUUUCCAAAGAAGGGCCAGACAUGCGUGGUACAUUACAUAGGUAUGCUGCAAAAUGGAAAAAAGUUUGACUCUUCUCGAGAUAGGAACAAACCUUUUCAAUUCAGGCUUGGAAAGGCGGAGGUCAUUAAGGGCUGGGAAGAAGGCGUAGCACAGAUGAGCCUGGGCCAGAGAGCUAAACUCACGUGCACACCAGAUAUGGCCUACGGCGUUGUAGGUCACCCCGGAGUCAUCCCCCCGAACGCCACGCUUAUAUUUGACGUAGAAUUACUUAAACUGGAGUAAAGUGAUCCUUGAAGUUUUAAUAGUCAAGGCUGCGUUUGCCACAGGGAGAACACUACCAGCCGUCACCUCCCACCAUUUAUGUUAUUAUCGUCUGAUUUCUACGACUUUUUCAGUUCAGUAUUUUAAGUAUCUACGUACGCUGCUUUGCUCAUGUAUGGAUACCACAUGAAUUUCAUCCUGCGUUUCCUGACACGUCAUGCACCAUGUUUGUUGUUUUGAGUAAAAUGCUUUUUAAUUUGUCUCAUCUGUAUUUUUUUUGUUAAUAAAACCAAUUAAACUCAUAAUUCAACCACACUAUGUUGCAAUCAAAAUACUGCCUUACAGUUUAAUCAAGUAGAAGAGGGUUGGAGUUUGGCUACAAGUACAACAGCUAAUCCUUAAUAUUCUAUCUGGGCAUUACCACUGUCUGCAUUGCCACUUUGAUAAGGUUAGUCCUGCUGAAUGCUCUGAAUGAUGUUGCUAUGUUAAGUAUAUUUUAUAUCCUCAUAACAUUUACUGCUAAUGUACUAUUCAAGCCAAUAAAUAAUACUGUACAUAACUCUAUGACAGCCAUUACAACCUAUCGACCAACUCUUGAAUAAAAUGGCAUGUACUGUGUUGAGACAAA